GGGCCAGGCCGAACUGUCCUAUUUAAGAAGAGGACAAAGGCGGCGCGCAGCUUGUGUCGUCCGCCAUUUUGUGCUAAGCAAGGUGGCAACCACGUUCCCUGAGCGACUUCUCCGCUUCUGCCUCGACCGCCCCUUGACUACAGAUAUGUCUCGGGAUCGGUUCCGGAGCCGCGGUGGUGGCGGUGGAGGCUUUCAUCGGCGUGGAGGAGGCGGUGGCCGGGGCGGCCUCCAUGACUUCCGCUCUCCGCCGCCUGGCAUGGGCCUCAACCAGAACCGCGGCCCCAUGGGCCCGGGCCCUGGCGGCCCGAAGCCACCGCUCCCGCCUCCACCUCCGCACCAGCAGCCGCAGCAACCUCCGCCGCAGCAACCGCCGCCGCAGCAGCCCCCACCGCACCAGCAGCCGCCGCCACACCAGCCGCCCCAUCAACAGCCCCCGCCUCCGCCGCAGGAAUCCAAGCCCGUCGUCCCCCAAGGCCCCGGCUCUGCGCCCGGAGUGAGCAGUGCGCCUCCACCGGCCGUCUCCGCUCCGCCCGCCAAUCCCCCGACCACCGGCGCCCCGCCAGGCCCGGGUCCUACCCCGACUCCGCCGCCCGCCGUCCCCUCCACUGCCCCCGGACCGCCUCCCCCAUCGACGCCGACAAGCGGAGUCUCAACAACCCCUCCACAGACCGGUGGCCCUCCGCCACCGCCCGCUGGUAGCUCCGGUCCGGGGCCUAAGCAAGGUCCAGGCCCUGGCGGUCCCAAAGGCGGCAAGAUGCCCGGUGGGCCUAAGCCUGGAGGUGGUCCGGGAAUGGGCGCUCCUGGUGGCCACCCGAAGCCACCGCACCGAGGUGGCGGGGAGCCUCGUGGGGGCCGGCAGCACCACGCGCCCUACCACCAGCAGCACCAUCAGGGGCCCCCUCCCGGCGGACCGGGACCGCGCACAGAGGAGAAGAUAUCCGACUCGGAGGGAUUUAAAGCCAACUUGUCUCUCUUGCGGAGGCCUGGAGAAAAAACAUAUACACAGCGCUGUCGGUUGUUUGUGGGGAACCUACCAGCUGAUAUCACAGAGGAUGAAUUCAAAAGACUGUUUGCUAAAUACGGAGAACCCGGAGAAGUUUUUAUCAACAAAGGCAAAGGGUUCGGGUUCAUUAAACUUGAAUCUAGAGCCUUGGCUGAAAUCGCCAAAGCUGAACUUGAUGAUACUCCUAUGAGAGGUAGACAGCUUCGUGUUCGGUUUGCCACACAUGCUGCCGCCCUGUCUGUCCGGAAUCUCUCUCCUUAUGUGUCCAAUGAACUUUUGGAAGAGGCCUUUAGCCAGUUUGGUCCUAUUGAAAGGGCCGUUGUAAUUGUGGAUGAUCGAGGAAGAUCUACAGGGAAAGGCAUUGUUGAAUUUGCUUCCAAGCCCGCAGCAAGAAAAGCAUUUGAAAGAUGCAGUGAAGGUGUUUUCCUACUGACAACAACUCCUCGCCCAGUCAUUGUGGAACCACUUGAACAGUUAGAUGAUGAAGAUGGUCUUCCUGAAAAAUUGGCCCAGAAGAAUCCAAUGUAUCAAAAGGAGAGAGAAACACCACCUCGUUUUGCUCAGCAUGGCACAUUUGAGUAUGAAUAUUCUCAGCGAUGGAAAUCCUUGGAUGAAAUGGAAAAACAGCAAAGGGAACAAGUUGAAAAAAACAUGAAGGAUGCAAAAGACAAGUUGGAAAGUGAAAUGGAAGAUGCCUACCAUGAACACCAAGCAAAUCUUUUGCGCCAAGAUCUGAUAAGACGCCAGGAAGAAUUAAGGCGAAUGGAGGAACUUCAUAGUCAAGAAAUGCAGAAACGUAAAGAAAUGCAAUUGAGGCAAGAGGAGGAACGACGUAGAAGAGAGGAAGAGAUGAUGAUUCGCCAACGUGAGAUGGAGGAACAAAUGAGACGCCAACGAGAAGAGAGUUACAGCAGGAUGGGCUACAUGGACCCAAGAGAAAGAGACAUGAGAAUGGGUGGUGGUGGAACAAUGAACAUGGGAGAUCCCUAUGGUUCAGGAGGCCAGAAAUUUCCACCACUAGGUGGUGGUGGUGGCAUAGGUUAUGAAGCUAAUCCUGGAGUUCCACCAGCAACCAUGAGUGGUUCCAUGAUGGGAAGCGACAUGCGUACUGAGCGCUUUGGGCAGGGAGGUGCGGGUCCUGUGGGUGGACAGGGUCCUAGAGGAAUGGGCCCUGGAACUCCAGCAGGAUAUGGUAGAGGGAGAGAAGAGUAUGAAGGUCCAAAUAAAAAACCCCGAUUUUAGAUAUUUAGGCUUUCAUUCCAGUUUGGUUUUGUCUUUUCUUGUUUAGAUACCACUUUAAUUCUUGGCAUUUUAGUAAGAAAGCUACCUUUUUAUGGAUGUUAGCAGUUUAUUGACCUGAUAUUUGUAAAUGGCCUGUUUGGGCAGGUAAAAUUAUGUAACGCAGUGUUUGAAACAGGAGAAAACAAUUUUUCAUUUACUUUUUUUUUUUUUAACUGUAUAAUGUUUCUCAAGUUAAUGGCAGUGUACCUUGUGCCACUGAAUUUCCAAAGUGUACCAUUUUUUUUUUUACUGUGCUUCAAAUAAAUAGAAAAAAAAAUAGUUACAAUACUGAUCUUCAACUUUGCUAUCCAUGCUUCUAUGCACAUUAGGCUAGGUAUUUCACUUGGAAAGCAUGAGUGUAUGUAGGCCUUGGAGUGGCAUAUGCCAUUUCUGGGACAUGUAACUGGAGGCUAAAUAUUGCUUUCUACAGAUGGUGCCCCCCACCCCCGUUUAAAAAGCAAUGCAUAUUGAAGUAAUUCGGAUUUGUUUGGUAUUACAGGAAGCAGGCUGGUGCUUAGCAUCUUUAAAUGGUUAUGUUAGAAAAGUUGAACUGUAAGUUUUAAUUCAGGAACAUGUACUAAGAUUAUUAUGGAGUGGGUGAAAACUACUGGUAGUGAGAGAAAAAGGGUUUGGUUAAAUGGGUCCCUUACGGCCCUAGCUAUGAUUCUUUCCUUGAAAGCUUUUGAAAAUGGAAGGAUCAUCUUGUUGCAUUUCCCCUAUUGUUUCCUGUUUUUUUUUUUUUAAAUCCCAAGCCCUACAAAUGGCUUGUACUAAACUUUUGCAUUUGAAUUAAAGAUUGUUAAACAUGGAGCCUUUUCAUGUAUUACUUCAAGUGAUUUAAAAGAUGGGAUUUAGUCGGGAAUUUUAACUUGAAGAGUUAAGGUUUAGUUACUUAACUAUAUAAUAGAAGGUUUAGCCUUAUGUACUCUUUAACAAAUACCUCCCUGUAUUCUAUUGAACAAAUGCUGUAGUCUGAAAAUAUUGGUUCUCUUGGAGAACUAGUGGUGACUGUUACCAAGUAGGACUGCCAAUAAUCUUCUCACUAUGGAGUUGAACUGUUUUUCAUAUCAGUCUUAUAGUGUAGCAUUAAACCUGGAGAGAGUUGCUCAGGCUACAUAGUAAAAAUACUCUUUCCUCCCACCAUAAGCUUGGGGAUGUUUUGAUGAUGUCAGUUGAUUGUCAACUUCAUUGACCUUCCUUUCAUUAGAGCAAGAGACUUUCUGACUUGAUAAUAAAGUAGAUUGUUUACUGUUGGGAGCUUGAUUCUUCCCAGUGUAAAUAUGUCGAGGAAAACUAACAGUACGGAAAGGAAUUGAAUAGCUUGGCUCUGAUCUUAGUUACAUUUCCAUUCCAGUCUGUACAUUUUAUAGAACUUUCACUAUGGAAUGUCUUCAUCCUUUUCACCUCUAUCUUUGGUGCUAAUUGGCAAAAGAAAUUCUAAAUCACUUGCUGAGGUUGAGUAUUGUGCUUGAGUACAAAAGGAGACCUAUUGUGGAAACAAUUGAGUAUUUCAUGCAUAGGAAAGUUGUAAUUUUUGAAAGUAAAACACUACUGGAUUAUAAAAAGCAUGUCAUCAAAUGGUUGUAUGACUGACAGGUUUAUAGUGUAUUAAGGGGAAAAUCCUUAGUACAAUUACUUUGAAUCACCAGCACACUUGGAAAUAGGUAGUUCUAUUAUAAUCAUAGCAAUCAGAACGUUAUUUUUGGCCCAACUGAAGUUAAUAAUUGGUGAUCCAUGAAGGUUUUCUGUAUGGAAACAAAGGUCUCGAUGAGAAGGAGCUCUUCUGGUUGAAUUGUAAUAGUAGGGACUAUAAUAAUGAGAAAACUGAGGGGUGUUCAUGGGACACCCAUGGAGGGUGAAUUGGAAUGUAUAUGGGUGGGGGCUGGAGGGGAAGUGGGAAAAUCUGCCUGUAAAAUUAAUGUUUCAGUUUAUUUUUCAGAUUACAUGCCUUUCUUUAUAAGGGAUGCUGGCACAGACCCCUAAGAUAAGCUUUGGUAGUAGUAUACCCUUGAAGAGUGGUGAAAGGAUGCUUAAAGGAUAAUUUCCUCAGAUUGUGGCUUUUGAUAGCCUUUAUUGUGGGCUCUAGAGCUGCUAAACAGUGUUUAGCAGAUGAAGGUUGCAUAGUGUCAACCAACAUGAUCGUGAAACUGUACCAAGGGUUGUAAGCUACUGAGACUUUCAAUAAGUCUUAUAUGUGAUGGUUUUAGCCUGCUAGUGAUUUUAAAUCAUCUUGAGCAGUUGAACCAAAAGCUAAUAGGGAAACUUAGGGUGGGAGGGGAGGAUGUCAGGCUGUAGUUUGGACAUUUCCCCUUUGAAGAAACCAUUUUUCCCUCAUUUCCUCCUUCACUUUAUCAAAAUUUUGUUUACAGAGGACACUUAGAAAAUUUCUCCUUUUAAAAUUAGAUUCUAUAAGACAGUAGUGUAAUAGGCAUGCUAUAAUAAGCUGAACCCAUUGACAUCUUUAUUUAUGUGGUGAGACUUACCUUAAACCCACCACUCAAUGUGUGUUGUACCACUAAUAUAAACAUAAUUUGGGAAAUUGUAAUGUUCCUGUGCAAUUCUUACAAGUGGCAUAUCAUGGCAGAUAAAAAUUUAGGUACUUGGCUUGGACAAGCCACAAAGCUGUGGCGGAAUGUUUUGUGGUGUUCUUGGACUGCAAUUGUGCACUAUUAAAGUAGUGGCCUGCUACAUAACUGCAUUUAGCCAGCAUUUCUGCAGUGCGUAACUGUGAGGAACGUAGUACCGCAAAUGGCAAUGGACAUUAGGACCCGGAUGUAGUAUUCCUGCUUGCUCCAAGAUUCUCAUUGCCGACUGCAUACAGGUAAGAAUGAUUGAUGUUGGCUGAUUUUGGAGUCUUAUUUACUUGAAGUGGAAUUAGAUGUUCUCAAGACAUCACACAACAUGGGCCAGCUAAGAAGGAAAGCCACAAAUUGUUUAGACUGACAAAGACUCUAGGAACAAGUGAGCUGUAUCAGAAAAUGAGUCAAGACGAAAGAGGAAUGAACUUGACAUUAAUAAAGAUAUUUUAUUUUAAAACCUU